GAAGGUCAAGCCGGCCACAAUAACUUUAAGCUUGCACGUGAAACGGACUGUUUCAGUCAUCUGCAGAAUGCUGUUCCCUAACAGUGUGACCGACAAGUUCCAAGGGACGUUUCCCCAAAUACUGGCCGCUGUGACAGGGACUCUGUCAGCUAUCUCAGAUGGCAUGCAAUAUGGCUGGACCGCCCCGACAGUUCCCAUCCUCCUCAGCGAGGACAGCCCUAUCGAAGUCACGCCGCACCAAGCAGAAUGGCUGGAGACCAUCCUCAUGAUAGGCGCGUGUUUCGGUCUGCCCGUUACCAUGUACCUGGUGGACAAGAUAGGCCGUAAGAAAUCGCUGAUUACCUCCGCCACCACCACCCUCAUAGCUUGGAUAGUCAUCGCCUUGGCUCCCAGCGUGGAGUACAUCUUCGCGGCCAGGUUCUUCGCUGGCAUGGCCGGCGACAUGGCCUUCGUAGCUGCGCCGAUGUACAUAGCGGAAAUGGCCGAUCAGAAGAUAAGAGGGUUCUUGUCGGGGUUGGUGUACGUCAUGAUGUUGACGGGGAUCCUGCUGUUGUACUGCGUCGCACCUUUCGUGCCGAUCUGGGUACCAUGCGCAUUGGGGGUCUUCAUCAACUGCAUAGGGCUCGCGAUAUUUCCUUUCCAACCUGAUUCGCCCUACUAUUUGCUUUACAAGAACAAGCCUGAGAAAGCUAAGGCAGCUCUGCAACGACUGAGACGAUCUGAGGAUGUGGAAAAUGAGUUUAAUGACAUUGCUACAGCCGUGGACCGACAGAAGAAUGAAGGAAAACAUAGCAAGUUCCAGGAUUUGUUCCUGAUCAAGAGCAGCAGGAAGGCUUUGAUUAUAAUGGUUGUGCUCAAUGCCUCACAACACAUGAGCAGCAUCAGUGUGAUGUUGAUGAACCUGCACUCGAUCCUAGCAGAAGCAGGUUCAUUCUACGUAGCUGCGUCUACUGGAGCCAUUAUAUUCUCGGCAGUAAUGUUCUGUUCUGCCAUGUCUGCAUCUUUAGCCAUCGACAAUUUUGGACGUAAAGGCUUGUUAUGCACUUCGGGAAUAAUGGCUGGCAUUUGCCUCUUAGUUAUAGCUAUAUAUUUCACAAUGAAGGAUGCUGGUGCCGAUGUACUUCCAUACAGUUGGAUACCUCUAGCAAUGGUUAUGCUCUACGCGGCUUUCUUCAAAUUCGGGAUUGGUUUGGUGCCUAUCGUCCUCACCGCUGAAUUAUUCCCGGCCAAGACGAAAGCUAUUGGCAUGACUUUGUCUGAUGCCUUUUACGUAGGAUUUGCUGUUAUAACCUUGGAGUUAUACAUUGAACUGAAGAAUUCCUUUGGCAUCCAGGUGCCGUUUUAUAUUUUCGCUUUCUCCUGCUUCUGCACGGCGAUAUUCACGAUAUUAUACAUACCAGAAACGAAGGGUAAAACGUUGGAGGAAAUCCAAUUCAUUUUGAAGGGCACCAGCUCGGAGCAAGAAACAACACCAGAAGCCAAAGAGCCAAAGGAAGUGUACAGGAAUGAAGGAUUUGUUCCCUAGAUGCACUUGUUAAAUUUAGAUUAUGUUAAUAUACUACAAAAUAAGAGUAUUCGUAGAGUACUCUUUUUUAUUGUUUUCUACUUGUAUAUAGGUAUUUAAUUUUGUAAUAAAUA